AUGGCUUCUAGUAGUAGUGUCCAAUUUCUUGGACAGAAUACUACUACAGAGGAGUGUUUCACCAAUUCAAGUUACUGUUGUCCAGACGAUCUAAACCAAUUUGCUAUGAGCCUUCGACGAGGACCUUCAUGGCCUUUCAAUACAAGAAAGAAGCUCUACCUUGCUUUUGUCAAUGGCACGAUGAAUACAGCGGAUGAAAAAGUUGCAAAGGGCCACAUAUCUUUAAAUCCAGAGCAUUGCAGAUCUCUGGAUGUUUCAUUGGGAGAUACCAUCCUUUUGAAAGUGUUUGUUCCACCAUUGAAUGGGUUUGAUGUGGAUGUAUUGAGAAUCAUGGUAGAAUUACUUCCUAGAAGUUCAAGUUCAACUCAAAUGAUAAUGGCUUCAACCCUGGGGAGAGAAUUUAUAAGGACAUUCCACCAUCAGAGGACGGUAUUUGCAUAUAAAGGAAGGUUGUAUGUCUGCAGUGUUGUGGAAGUUUCUUUCCGUGAGAGCGAAUCCCAGACCACCUCAAAGCAAGGGAUGAUCCGUAAGCGCACAAAAGCCAUAGUUGAAGUUCCACAAUCACUGGGCACCCUAAUCCGUGGAGCUGAAACAUGUAAAAACAUAUUUAGGGAAGGCUUCAAUAUGGAAUCACUGGAAGAAGUACUGAUAUCACUUGGUAUUGGAGGCAUGACAUCCCAAUUUGCUAGAAUACUGCAGUUUGCAUUCGGCUCGUGGAUGGUUCCUCCUUUUGUAGCAAAGAGGCUGAAUUUGAAGCAUGUAAGAGGAAUACUUCUAUAUGGGCCACCAAGUUCUGGAAAAACCUUGAUAGCACGAAGCAUUUGCAAAUUUCUAAAUGCAAAAGAGCCCCUGAUUAUAAAUGGACCGGAUGUGUUACAUGCAUUCCAAGGUGUAUCGGAGAGGAAAAUAAGGUCACUCUUUAAAGCAGCCAUUGAGGAUGAAAUUUUUUUUGCUAAAAGUGACCUACACAUCAUCAUAUUUGAUGAACUUGAUUUCAUUACUAAGGUGAGCACAGAUGCAACAUUUGCUCCUUCUAAAUGUCGUUAG